GAGCAGGAGUUCGAACCUAAAGCUCAGCAAGCACCUCGGAGUCUCUUCUGGCGGAAAGGCGGCCGAGGAAGACGGCUCUGUCGUGGUGAGACGACCCAGCGGUUCGUUACGCAAUCGGUUCGCUCUUGAGGACUACCGUGGUUUACUAGAUUUGAAUUGAUACACCUGGUUACACCUAUAUACUAUCUUUUCCUAUAUGCAUAUAUGUUGUGCAGCCUAAAGUUUUUGAAUUCUGUUUUCCUUGCUCAUUUCAAUCAAUUCUUCGAAGGGGUGUGCGCGGUCCUCAUAUGCAGUGCCAAGACGCUGAGUUUCAAGGCGUUCUGACACAGCGUCGUGUGAAUUCCGAAUUUCGGUCUAAAACGGGAUUUUGAGCGUUGACUCAACCACCAGCCCCCGCCACAGAUUCCCGACCGUCCUACUCGAGGACCUGGAGAUGACCAUGGCGGGCUUCCACGGCUGUUUGCUGAGCCAAUUGAGGCAAUCGCGCGUGCAGGUAGCCCGCUACGUCGGCCGCACGCCGUCGCGGGCGUACUCGACGCCGCCCAACGGCUCGAUCCCGGCCGCCAAGAAGAAGUACGUCCCGACCCAGGGCACAUAUCCGCUCGGCUUCAAGACGUCCGGCACCGUCGUCGGAGUCAAGCCGAGCAACAAAACGAAGCCCGACCUGGCCCUGCUGACGUCGGAUGUGCCCUGUGCGGCCGCCGCGGUUUUCACCAAGAACAAGUUCCAGGCGGCCCCCGUCACUUUCAGCAGGAGCCUCCUCCAGAAAAAGGGCAACCGGGGCAUCCAGGGCGUCAUCAUCAACUCGGGUUGCGCCAAUGCUGUCACUGGCAAGGGCGGCCUGGAGGAUGCCGCCAAGAUGGCACAGGAGGCCGAUAAGUGCAUCGGCCAGACCGACAGCACCAUCGUCAUGAGCACCGGCGUGAUCGGCCAGCGCCUGCCCAUCGACAAGAUCCUCGACAAGGUCCCGGCCGCGCACCAGGCUCUGGGCGGGUCCCACGAGCACUGGCUGACAGCCGCGAAGGCCAUCUGCACCACCGACACCUUCCCGAAGCUCAUGUCCCGCACCUUCACCCUGCCUUCGUCGCCGGCCGUCGAGUACAGGAUAGCGGGCAUGACCAAGGGCGCCGGCAUGAUCCACCCCAACAUGGCCACGCUCCUGGGCGUCAUCGCGACGGACGCGCCCGUCUCGCCGGCCGCCCUGCCGUCGGUGCUCAAGCACGCCGUCGACCGCUCGUUCAACAGCAUCACCAUCGACGGCGACACGUCGACCAACGACACGAUCGCGCUGCUGGCCAACGGGCUCGCCGGCGGCAGGGAGGUGGCGGCCGGCACGCCGGACUUGGACGCCUUCCGCGCCGUGCUGACCGACUUCGCGGCCGCGCUGGCGCAGCUCGUGGUGCGCGACGGCGAGGGCGCCACCAAGUUCGUCACCAUCCGCGUGACCGAGGCGGCCAGCGAGGAGACGGCCCGCCGGGUUGCCAGCACCAUCGCCCGGUCGCCGCUUGUCAAGACGGCGCUGUAUGGCAAGGACGCGAACUGGGGCCGCAUAACAUGUGCCAUCGGUUACUCGCUUAUAUCUGAGCCAGGACAGCCCAUCAACGAGGUUCCCAUCGCCCCGGAGAAGACCAACGUUUCUUUCAUCCCGACAGACGGCACGGCUGAGCUGAAGCUCCUGGUCAACGGCGAGCCGGAGCAGGUUGACGAGGCGAGGGCUGCUGAGAUCCUGGAGCUCGAAGACCUCGAGAUUCUCGUCAGGCUGGGCAUGGGCAACAAGCAGGCUACGUACUGGACCUGCGACUACAGCCACGAGUACAUCACCAUCAACGGCGAUUAUCGCACGUAGAGGGGGGAAGCCUUGCAACGGGGUCGAGGACCAUGACCAUAGACGUACAUACCUAAUGAUAAGAUUUACAACAUAUAAGAAAUACAGUGAUACAAUAUAUUGAAUCUCAUGGCCUCUUGACUGCUG